AUGCAGAUGUUCUCCGGUCAGGGGGUUCUGGAACUCAGACUGGCUGCCCGGAGCCGGGCGCCGGAGCCAGGAAAUGUGACUGACAAGCCCCCAACCAUUGACCGUGAAGUCCUCGCGCCGCUCGCCGGGCUCCGUCUCUCCGGCCUCGGGUCUGCGCCCGCCCCGGUGAGCCUCAGUGCCCCCUCCCGCCGGGCUCCCGGCCCCCGCGGACACGGCCUCUGCCUCUCUUGCCAGGACGCCACCCCCACCUCCGAGGAGCUGGAGCAGUUUGCCAAAGACCUGAAGCACAAGCGCAUCACACUGGGCUUCACCCAGGCCGACGUGGGGAUGGCUCUGGGGACUCUGUAUGGGAAGAUGUUUAGCCAGACGACAAUCUGCCGCUUCGAAGCCCUCCAGCUGAGCUUCAAGAACAUGUGCAAGCUGAAGCCACUGCUGCAGCGCUGGCUGAACGAGGCGGAGAACAGCGACGGCCUGCAGGAGCUGUGCAAUGCGGAGCAGGCCCUGGCCCAGGCCCGGAAGAGGAAGCGCAGAACCAGCAUCGAGAACAACGUCAAGGGCACGCUGGAGAGCUUCUUCCGCAAGUGCGUGAAGCCCAGCCCCCAGCAGAUCUCGCAGAUCGCCGAGGAUCUCAACCUGGACAAAGACGUGGUGCGGGUCUGGUUCUGCAACCGGCGCCAGAAGGGCAAGCGGCUGCUGCUGCCCUUCGAGGAGAGCGAGGGAGCCGCGUACGACAUGGGCCAGGCCCUGGCACACCCGGCCCUGCCCGCCGCCAUGAGUGCCCAGGCGUAUGCCCCGGUGCCCCUGGCCUCGCCCCCUCCCAUCUACCUGCCGGCUUUCCACAAGGGCGAGCUCUUCCCGCAAGCUUUGCAGCCGGCUGUCUCCAUGGGGAAUGGCAGCAACUGAGCCUGGCCACGGGGGGAGCUGGACGGAGGCGUCUCCCUGUCGGUGCUUGGCUGGCCCCCCGGAGAGAACAGCACCCCAGAGAGCCUGCGGCUGCUCCUAGACGCCUGACUCAGGGGCGGGGGGGCUGUGUGUGGUUUGGGGGAGCAGCAGCAAGCCAGGCCGAGGGCGCGGAUCCCCCUGCGCCCUGGAGCGAAGCCCUGUCCGUCCUGCUGAUGUGAAUUGCUCCCACUGCCGGGAGCCGGCUUCUCCCGCUGGGGGGGGGCUCCCCAGCUGACCUACCUGUCCUGCCCCUCCCCCGGGGGGCGGGGCCUCGUUCACCUGUAAACAGCAUGUUCUAUAUUGUUAGUUGGGAGGAGGAGAAAAAAGCCUUUUUUAGCUUUAAA